AGCCGGGCGGCGGCGGCGCCAUGGCGGGGCCGGCGUGAGUUGGGAGUGAGGGAAGAGGGAGACGGGAGGAGGAGGAGGAAGUGCGGGCGGCGGAACAGUGGUCUGUGUGUGAGCCAGGGACACCCCGCGGGUGGGCCGGGUCGGGCCCGGGCUGUGCCGGGCUCCCGGCUGCAUUCCCGGCUCCGGGGCGCCAGCGGAAAGCCUGUGCCUUGCAGCAAAUCUUGGCGCCCCCUGACAAAGGCGGGGAAGGGCCAGUGGCGAUUCCCUCCGGGCAAACGGCGGUAGGGGCUUAGCGCUUCCAGGCUGCUGCGCCUCCUCGUGUUUCCAGCCUCUUCUCUCCUGCGGUGGAGCUCGCGUCUCCUGGAAGGAUCCUCCGGGCCCUGCGGCUUUCCUCCCUCGUGUGACAGCCAGCUCUGGUGAAGCUGCAGCUGAGGCCUUCCCGGCGCCGGGAGGAUCGGAGUGGUCACCCCACAGACCUGCAGCGAUUGCCACCUGCGCCUCUCUGCCUGCUGGAGUGAUGUGGGAGCGUCCUGUACUGCCUGAAGGACAAGGAACAGACCACUUGAUAAAGGGAAGAAACAAAACAUCCCAUUAAAUGGAAGCCAUGAAGAUAUCAAAGCGGUUCUUCGCUUUUGGGAUUUUGACAUGCAUAGCUGUUUAUGUUGCAUAUGUAAAAUGGCACUUGGGCUCCAAACCAUUUGUGGGAACCACAGAAGGAGUUGCUGAAAGCAGGGAAGAUAAACUGACCCAUCAGGCAGUGACCACAGAUCUCUCUGUCUUUUAUGGAAUUAUGUUUGACGCAGGAAGCACAGGAACUCGCAUCCAUAUAUUUAAAUUUGCUCAGCAGCCAAGAGAGACUCCCAGAUUAACCCAUGAGACGUUUAAAGCACUGAAACCAGGUCUGUCUGCAUAUGCUGAUGAUGUUGAAAAGAGUGGCCAGGGAAUAAAAGAGCUCCUGGAGGUGGCAAAGAAGGAAGUUCCUAUGGAGCUGUGGAAGUUUACUCCUCUGGUCCUGAAAGCCACAGCUGGCCUACGGUUGCUGCCAGGAGAGAAAGCUCAGAAGUUGCUGGAAAAGGUGAAGGAGAUUUUUCAGGCCUCCCCCUUCUUUGUGAGGGACAACUGUGUGUCGAUAAUGAAUGGAACUGAUGAAGGUAUUUCAGCCUGGAUCACCAUCAAUUUUUUAACAGGCAGGCUAGAUGACCCACAGAGGAGAAGUGUAGGGAUGCUGGAUUUGGGUGGUGGAUCAACACAGAUCACCUUCCUUCCGCGUACCAAGGCAACUCUCCAGACAUCGCCAUCUGGCCACACAACUUCAUUUCAGAUGUUUAACCACACCUACAAGCUGUAUUCCUACAGUUACCUGGGACUUGGGCUGAUGUCAGCAAGGCUUGCCAUUUUGGGAGGAGUUGAGGGAGAACCAUUAGGAGAAGGGGAGGAAUUGAUCAGCCCUUGUUUAUCACCUGGCUUCAAAUCCGAAUGGCAACACGCUGAGAUAGUGUACAAAAUUAAAGGACAGAAGGCAGGUGAACCUCUGUAUGAGUCUUGUUCUAAUAAAGUGGCAAAGAUGCUCUACAAAAAAGUGCAUAGAGCUGGGGAAGUGAAGGACCUGGAUUUUUACAUUUUCUCCUACUACUAUGACUGUGCAGCAGAGGCUGGUCUCAUAGAUAAAGAAAAAGGAGGAAGCUUAACUGUCAGUGACUUUGAAAUUGCGGCUAAAUAUGUUUGUAAGACCAUGGAAAUCAGCCCUGGAAACAACCCUUUUCUCUGCAUGGACCUCACAUACAUCACCUUCCUGCUGCAGGAACUGGGCUUCCCGAAGAGCCAAGGCUUUAAGCUUGCCCGGAAAAUUGACAAUGUUGAAACGAGCUGGGCAUUGGGAGCCACUUUCCAUUACAUCGACUCACUGAAUAGACUGCAGUACUAAUGCUUCUAGAAGGUGACCUUUUCGAAUUUCCAUUUUUUGGAAGCCCAGCAUGGGAGACCCUAUUGAAGGGUGUGCUUUUGGCUUCCAGAGUCCUUUGGAAGAUCACAGUGAACUAUACUACUUUCCUCCCACCCACUGCCAAGUCCCCACCAUCGCUAGCUCUUUUUUACAGUGCAGAGUGUAAAGGAAAAGCCUGGAUUUGACAGCAUGUGCCAUCAGCUUAAUGUAAAAAUUGAUCCUUUUGGAAGGAAAACCAGGACUCUGCAGGACAUCUAUGAUCUCUAUGAGAAAAACACACCUUUUUUUGAAUAUUCCUAUUCUAUGUGCUCACAGUGUGCUGAAGUUGCUGAAUGGUCAUUCCAGAAGGAACUCUUUACUGUCCUGAUUUCAGGGUGUUUUUUUCCUGUUUGUUAGCAGUUUUCAGUGAUGAUUUUUAUUUUACUACUCCUGUGUUUGAAGGUAAACUUGUGUGUGUGCAAAAAUGGUGCAUUUACACAUUAUGCUGCUGACAGGCAGCAGCCUUGGAAUGCAGCAUGGAAGUCACAGCUCUGUGUUCCAGUUGCUGAAGGAGAAAAGCCAGGGAAGACUCUAGAACUGGAUACAGGCUUGGAGGCAUGAGUUGGAACCUGUGUGCCCUGUAGGGUUAAAGCCUAAUGUUGAUUCCCUGGCUAUUGGGAAGUGGAUGAUGGAAGGCAACAUCAAAUUUGCUGAAUGAGCAAGGCCUGGGAGUUGGGUGCAAGGACAAUGAUGGAUUUGACAGUUCUAGAGCUGGUCAGAGGAAGAUAAAGGAAUAAGGUGCAGCCACAAAAAUAGACUCUGAGUAUCGCAGACUUUUGCGCCUUGGCAAGGUUUGUGCAGGGCUGGGGAUGAAUGCAUUUGCAUGGUAUUUUGGAUGUCUUUUCCUGCAAACACAUCUGUGCUAAAUGAAUGUAUUGUGGUUGCAAUGAGCCAGGGCAGGGUAGCUGAGAUGUUCCACUCUAACAGUGCCUGGUAUGUGAGCACAAAGUGAUCACAGGGGCUGGAGGGGAUAUGCUGUGCUAUUUGUAAUCUAGUUGUGGAUUUGUGAUGUAUUUAAUGAAUGUAUAGAGAAGACCCAAGUGGUCCUUUGGGGGUGCAGAACAGCACAGCUUCCCUGAGAACCCUGACUCAUGGGCUCAGGGCAGCAGUACAUGAGACGGUGGCGUUCUGCGUGGGGACACUUGAACCUCGCUGUGCCGACAAUAAACUCCCAGUUUGAAACAGAA